ACGAAAACAAACCUCCGAGCUUUCUCUCUCCAUCUGGGCGGGGUAGCUGGGACAUUCGAGCGGCGGUAUUCCGGGCUGGUGGUCGGGUGUCAGCCAUCUGUGCAAUAAGAAUCAUGUCUUCCGGAAUCAAAUCGAUGCGGAUCGGGAAAGUUGAGAAGCCUCGACCACUGAAGUCGGCCAGUUCGUCUUCCAUUGUUGGAAAAGGCGUGGACGAUGUUUUGUCCGACCUGGAGAAGGUUUGCCGGAUGAUCGCCAGCGAUACGUUCAACUCCGCCCUGUCGUCUGCUAUCACCAGCCUUUCAUUCCAUCUGAAAAUGAUGGGCCAUCAACUGGAGAGCAUCUGCAAAGACGAGCUGGACAAGCGCUUUGUGCAUCUGCGGAACGGCUGCCGGGACGACCGACUGGACCGGGCGUCUCGCGUCCGCCUGCUCGAGCUGGUCGAGCUGCGUGCGCAGCAAGCGCCCUGGUCCUGCAACGAGAACGUCACCAACUACUACCGUCAGAUGCUGCAGCUCAUUGAGAGCCAGCAGCCGGCCGGGCCGGGCGGCGUGGCGCCACGCGAGCCGCCGGCCACGCCGGGCCCGCUGGCCUCGCCGGUGGCCACCGAGCCACCGCAGCUGCCGCCGCUGCUCACGCCCGGUGAGGUGAUUCGUGGUUCAGGAAAGUACCCCAAGCCGACGAAGAUCCAGGGCAAGUACAAGGACGAGGUAGUCAUCCGAAACUGCGACUCCGGCAAGGUGAUGGGCAUGAAGGGCAUACGGGUCCAUAAGAUAGAGGAGAUGAGCCAAACGGUGAUUUCGUUCCAGCGAGUGGCGGCAGGCGCUAAGGAGAGGCUGGUGCAGAUAACCGGACCCGGUGAAGAGAACGUGCUCCGGGCCCGGGAACUGAUCGAGGAGGUGAUUCGGCGCAACGCGUCGCCGGCGCGCGACGAGCGCGGCUCCGUCUACUCGCUCACCGCCGGCGAGGGCUCCACGGGCAGCCUCAACAGCGCCAACUCGGACGACAAUAUCGGUCCGAGAAAGAACGCUUCUGGAGAUUUCGGGUCAUUAGGAGAGUUCAAGUACACUGUGUUUGUUGGGGAACACUCAAUCAAGCUCACCGGGAAAAACGUCGAUGUUGUGAAGACAGCAAAGCUUGUACUGGACGAGUAUUUCAACUCGUCGAUAAUGGAUGAUGACUCGAGCGCGCUGGACGUUGUGCCGGAGGCGGAAGUCAGCCUAAUGGGGUAA